AUGGUGACUCCGCCUCAGAAAGAUCGGGAUUUCUCCCCUGUGAAUCUUCUGGAACCUUCUGGGACCUUCUGGAACCUUCUGGAAAUGGCUGGAAGCAACCCAGGGCCCGAGCGGAGGAUCGUCCUGGUGGGCAAGACCGGCAACGGGAAAAGCGCGACGGGAAACGCCAUCCUGGGAAGCAAAGCCUUUCACGCGUCGGCGUCCCCGAAGUCCAUCACUCUGAGUUGCGAAAAGAAGGAGACGGCGUGGAACGGCCGUAAGGUGGUGGUGGUCGACACGCCGGGCUUUUUCGACACCAAGGUCCCGGCGCACAAAACGGCGGAGGAAGUGAAGAAGUGCGUGAAGAUGUGCGCCCCGGGCCCGCACGUCAUCGUGCAGGUGAUUCGUCCGGGCCGUUUCUCCCAGGAGGAGGCGGACGUGGCUGAGCUGAUCAAGGAGAUCUUCAACCUCAACGCCAAGAAUUACAUGAUCCUCUUGUUCACCCGGAAAGAGGACCUGGAAGGUAAAACUCUGGAGGAAUUCCUCUCCGAGGACGAUUCCUCUCUUCGGGAUCAAGUCUCCGAGUGCGGGUCCCGAAUCCUGGCUUUCGACAACAAGGCCGAAGGAAAAGAACAAAGGACCCAGGUGGCCCAGCUGAUGAGCAUGAUCGACCAGCUGGUGUUCAUGAACCGCGAAGCGCCGUAUUACACGGAAGACAUGAUGAAGAAGGACGAAAAGCAGUAUAAGAAA